AUGUCUGGAGAUGGAGAUGAGGUGCCCCGUCUCCUUCGAGAUCGUCAUAUAAAAGCCGUUAGAGAUACAUUUCAUCGGCCACCAACAGUCAGUGAACUGCGAGCCAUCGAUUCACUUCCACUUGAACCUCGGAAGAACCUCAACGACACUUCUCCAAAUGGUCAAAGAAUCUACGAACUUUUGAGAGCAUUCGAGAAGACUGGCUAUAUUGAAGGACUUGAAGAAGCUGGAAGACUAAUCUGGGCGCAAAUAUUUGCGGAACCAGAUUUAAGCCAUGAACCUAGAAGGAAACCAUUUUCAGCCGUCAGGAGUCUUGCCUCACGUGAGAUCAAUAAAGUUGAAUACAAGGCCAGUCAGCAUCCCACAAGAACACCGAAAGAGAAGCCCUUACAACGGACCUCUGAAGAGAAAGUUAUUGCCAUCAAUGCUACGUCAAAUGCUUUUGCUGGGUCUCCUCAGAAGCCUUGGAUGACAAAGGGUAUUUCGAUAUCACCCACUACUCGACGUGCUAGUAUUUCGUCAGUUGAAAGUUCCAACAACAACGAGCCUGCUAAUUAUCACAUCCAAUCUCCCGAACUACAACCAGUCUCAUCGCAGAUUGCUCAAUCUGGCCAGCAAACUCAAAAUCACACAUCUAAAUUUACCACCGCGGUUCCUGGAGGUCUGCCAAACACCUGUGGUGGCGGUGUUUAUAUGCCAUUGGCAUUGCAUCAAAAAGUUCAAGAACAUCAAUAUGCAAGCCCAUAUUCAGUCCAAGCCUCUGAAACUUCUAUGCCGUAUGUUUCGGAAGGAGGAGAGCCAGCACGGGACAUGAUUUCCCGUGCCAAUAUCCCUUCAAUUAUUGACGGUGAAUUAAGAGUCCCAAGUGAAUCGACAGAUUGCAGUGCACUAAUGGGGAAUUCUCUUCAUACUCUUGUGUCUCAUAAGUCAUAUCCCUCCGCACCCUCGAAAACAUAUCGGUUCGAACAAACUACAUCCCCAAAUUCAACUCAUCAACACUCCCCGCGGGGACAUCAAAAUUCUAUGAUGUCAUCUUCCGGAAAUCAUUCUAGAUACUAUCCUCUCCCUUCCACAAACCAAAAUCCUUUACAGCCAUUAAAUGGAAGAGGCUAUCAAAAUUUGCAGAUUCCAAGCUCGACUGACAGGACAUAUGAUCCUACAAGUCCUCCCUUCCAUCCGGCAAUAUCAGCUGAGGGACAACAGAUUCCAAGCUCGACUGGGAGAAUAUAUGAUCCUACGAGCCCCUCCUUCCACCCUGCAAUAUCAGCUGAGGGACAACGACUCUUCCUCUCACGCAAUGAAGAAGAAGAAAACGAGCUUGCUCACAUAACCUCGAAUACCCACCAUUCGCUAUCAAAACUGCCUGAUAAUCAGGGAGAUCAACAAACUGAAUCGAGCUCCACAGUAGUAGCUGCUAAUGACCUAUCAAGUAUAUCCACUACUGGUCAUAGAACCGAACUUGCCACGCCAAAUCCUUCUAUGCAGCAAAGUCCUUCCUUUGAUACUUCUGCUAUGGCACCAGGCCAAUCGAAUAACAAUCCUUUUGUGAUUCGUGACGAUAUGGGUUUUAUACCAUUAAGUUCACAAGAAAUUACAGAUCAAGACCUGAACUUCGCUCCAGAUAAUCCGCUACCCAUUAGUUCUCGAAGAAUCACCAGAUCUGUCUCUCGUUCCACCACUACACCAACUUCACCUACACCCAAAACUACAAAAGCUAAAACUACUCUUCUUCAUGGGGCUGGUCCUCAAUUUGGAAUAUUAAUUCCCGAAACCCCACCACCUGGUACAAUUUUCAGUACUAGAACCCAAAAUGCCCUCUCAGUUCACAAUGCCAAGAAGAGUAGCACGAAAAAAGCAUUCAUUCCCACAGCUUCGGGUUCCGCUCAAGCAGAUGGAGCAUCAGAUUCUGCAUCAAAAACCAAUGUUCAAGCACAUUACAUUCCAGAUUUACCACCACAACGGCAAGCAAUCUACUCAAGCGCCUCCUCAGACCCCUCUAUCGAAUUCAUCCACUUCGACCCCAUGAAUGAUUACGACAAGGACGACGAUGCUUACACAGGACAGCCAACUUGUGCCAUCGCAUCCAAUAGAACUCAUCUCCAUCAAGCCCCACACAGUCUCUUUCAUCGCACCCCAACCCAUCCCUCACCCCCACCACCCCAUCUCCGUCCCCACACCCCAGAAUACCUCCUCUUCCCACCCGUCGCCGCCUCCUCCUCCAAACAAACCUGGCCACCGCCUCCCCCCGAACUCGAAGGCUUUCGCCAAUACACCUUCGUGCGCGAUCGCAUCUCCCUCAAUAUGAAAGCCAAACGUCGCACUGAAGUCGAUCUCGACACGGGAGAGUAUCGAUAUAGUAUGGAUAGUAAGGAGACGAGUCGAGGAUAUAAAAUGGAUGGGACGCGUAUCCGGACCAGUUCGCGAUAUUUUCAUAAGAAGAGGGUGGCGAAGAAAUCAAAGGAGAAGGUGGAGGAAGAGAGGCUGGAUGAGAUUGUGAGGAAGGUGGAGAGUGUGGAGAAGGGGGUUAAUGAUUUGAGGAGGGAAGAGGGAGAAGCGUUGUUGGCGUUGUUAGGGGGUGGGUUUUUGCCUUUGUGA